AUGCCUAUGCAAGAAUCUAUUCAUCUUAAAGAGGCUACUUCUAAUCCUUUAAGUGUUAAUAACUCUUCUACCAGCAAUGCCAGUUUAUCAAUGGGUGCGCCUAAAUCAGAUGUUUAUGGCAAUUUAGUAAUUCCUAGUGAAAUGGUACCCAAUUCUAGUGACCUUCUGAAUCCUAGUGACAACAAUGUUGCUCAUAAUGAUGCAAGCACAGAGCCCAAACCAGGAUCCAAUGAGUAUGACCAAAGUCUUGUCGAUUUGUCUCUGACUCCGCACCUUCAUGCCCUGCUCUUGGCAUCCAUGACCCAGAGACAGCACAGUCGAAGCUGUUGUCCUCACCUGUUUGAGCGAGCAGCUCGCUCUUGGUGGAAUCCAAGGUUUGACAGUGAUAUUUUAGAGGAUGAAUAUGUCCGUUCUUCUCGUUCAACUCUUCGGUUACGCCUGCGUUAUUGCCUCGGGUACACAGUGCUUGCUUGUGUUGUGUGGAUUAUCUACUGGCUGGUGACUGGAGCACCGCACCAGGGUUACUCCAUCUCUGCUGCCUUGCUUGUUGCUCUGCUCAUGAUCAUCUUCUUUGCCAUCACAUUCUCAAAGCUUUAUAAGCGUCGCCCAGUGCUUUUGUCACUGCUGGUGUCAGCCGUGUUGCUGGGCUCUUCUCUGCUGCCAUAUGCUCUGCAUGAUCCUUCACUGGAGGCUUGCACUGGCCUAUCCAGCCCUGCUGUGAUGGCAACUUCAAUUCAGGUACGCAUGCGCGGAACAUUCCUCUCAAUGGGCCAGAGUUUGCUGGUGAGGAGGGAGCUAGAGCGGGAGAAGGCCGUGAAGGAAGCCAUGAUCCACUCUGUGAUGCCUCCUAAAGUCGCAAACUGGCUCCUCCAUGAGCAAGAUGAAGGAGAAACUUUCGAUGGAAAGAAAAAACUAUCCACCCCUCGGUCGUCUCACACAGGAACCGACCUCCGUUCUAUGGUCUUCAGACCUUUCAACAUGAAUAAUAUGGAUAACGUUAGCAUAUUGUUUGCUGAUAUCGUCGGUUUCACUAGGAUGAGUUCCAACAAAACUGCUGAACAGUUGGUAGGCCUACUUAACGAUUUGUUUGGCAGGUUUGAUGACUUGUGUGCACAACACAAUUGCGAGAAAAUAAGUACCUUAGGGGAUUGUUACUACGCAGUUUCUGGAUGUCCAACCCCGCGGUCAGAUCACGCUGUGUGCUGCGUUGACAUGGGCCUAUCCAUGAUAACAGCCAUUGCUCAAUUCGACAAAGAUAACAACGAAAAUGUCGACAUGAGAGUCGGAGUACAUACUGGUAAAAUUCUGUGUGGUAUUGUCGGAACCAAGUGCUUUAAAUUUGAUGUCUGGAGUAACGAUGUCUCAUUCGCUAAUCAUUUAGAGUCGAGUGGUAAGCCUGGUCAGGUUCAUAUAUCUGAAGCUACUCUCUCAUUCUUACCUAGACAUCAGUACCGCGUUAUUCAGGGACCAGACACCCAUGAACAAAAGACAUAUUUUAUUACUGGUCGUCGGAGUUUCUCCGUAUCUCGGUCACCAUUACCACCCAUUGAUGGUGAUCACGACGAAGGUUCACAGGACGGGGAGCGCGACAAGAGGACGUGCAGUCUCCCCAACAUGCUGGAGUGCACUGAGCUCUGUGAGGGAGGGGAGGCCUGUGUCAGUCAAGCGGGUAGCCGGCGAGGGAAGAAGCGACACAACAAACUGGCUGCCAUGGAGGCUGGCAAGGCUGAGGGUGGCUGGGGCAGUGGCAAAUGGCGUAAAUCUUUCACCCCGGCGCUCGAAUUGGCCAAAUUUCGCUUGCCUCGCAUGCAGAGAAGGCCGGAUAAAAGCAAAAGUAAAACUUCGUCACUGCCCAAAAUCUCAAGCAAGCCUGAGUGCUCUUCUGAGAAGGCAAGUAACUAUACAUUUCUAUUAUACAUACCGUCCAUAUGCCUCACGGCCAGUCUGGCCUUUUUCCAAGACGGCUUCCGAAGUGGACAAAAAGCGAGCCUGUGUAGCCUUACACUUGAUGUUUCAGCCACUCCAGCCAAGGAUUUAGCUCCGUCAGCCACUCCAGCCAAGGACUUAGCCCCGUCAGCCACUCCAGCCAAGGACUUAGAUCUGUCAGCCACUCCAGCCAAUGGCUCAAAUCUGUCAGCCACUCCAGCCAGUGGCUUAAAUCUGUCAGCCACUCCAGCCACCGACUUAGCCCCGUCAGCCACUGCAAUCAACACUUCUCCUGCCAACAGCCAGAAUUUAUCUACCGUUCCUGUUAUUAUAAAUAACUCAUCACCUGACUGUGUUGACGUGUCAGUAGCUUCUCAGUCAUCUGACUGUGUUGACGUGUCAGUAGCUUCUCAGUCAUCUGACUGUAACGGAACAUUGACGACAAAGUUGCCUCUGACUGCGCUACUGUCACUGCCCUGUCAGUCGUCUGGCAGGAAACCUCGCGCAGACAGCCUGUCUGUGCCGCAGUCUGCGCCUGCGUGUGUAGUGGCUGACCCAUGGAGCGUAGACCACUCCAAGGAGCUUAGGAAAGAUUCAGGCAUCCGCAGCCGUGGCUCUAGCUUCCAGCUCAGUGACACUGAAGGACUGGACACGCUCGCUGGAGACUACAGCCCCAUGGCAAGCAUGGACCCAAGCCUGACCCGCUACCACCAGAUGCGUAAGCAGUCCGACUUACGCCUGAUCAGAUGCGUACAGCAAGAGAAACGCACUAAACGCACCACCUUCACUUACGACUACGACAUGGAACCUCCCUUCUCGAAGAUAUCCUUGCGCUUCCUUGACGCCUCCAUGGAGAAGAUGUACAGGGAGCAAGCACAUCAGCCAAGAUCUGACGAAGCCAAGACACUCGCCUCGUCUCUAUAUAAUACUUAUUUUGAUAUCCUCGUCAGUCUGGUGGUGCAUGUGAUACUCGUGGUCUCUCUGCUGGUGCUUUACCCGCCCUCUGUGCUGUGGCUGGUGCUGCUGGGGGUGGUGCUGCUGUGGCAGGGAGCUUUGCUUGCCUUGUCGCAGGUGCAGUUAAUGAAACGUUCCGACCCGACGAAACAACAACCCCAGUCCCCAGAUCGCAUCAAAUCUCGCCCCUCCCACCCAGAGCUUGGGGGAACAGACUCCCCUUAUCCCCCGUCGCUCUCCCACACUAUCUACACCCGCGUCACCCGCUGGAAAACCUGGCAUUUCUGCGGUGGAGUUCUACUUUUACUUCCUCUUGCCGCGGUUCUUUCAAAUUUCUCGUGCUCUUCCUUAUCCGAAGAGACGGAAACGCUGCGGUAUUUCUGCUAUCUCAGUUUCGUGGGCACCGUUCAUUUCUGUAAUUUCGUCCAACUGAAUUGCUGGAUGAAGAAUAUUCUGGUAACCGUUGGGGGAGGCGUGCUUAUAGCCCUUCUUGCUCCACCAAUUUGUCCGUGCCCAUUCAGUGCCAAAGUUGAAGUUGUUACCGGGUUUAAUAAUUUUUCGUUGGAUUCAGAUUUUCGAAAGAAUACAGAAAUCCUCUCUAACUGGCAACCCGGCAGAGAACCCAUCUCUAUUAAUGUCUCAGAUUCUCUGACCGCAAACUUAUCGGCAUUAAAUUCCCCCAAUUUUUUGUGCGGUGAACGUGAGCAUUAUUUCCACGUGGAGAUCAUCGUGACGGUUGCGCUGUUGGUAGGAUUGGUAUGGCUCCUGAACAGGGAGUUCGAGAUCAGUUACAGGCUCAGUUUUCAUGGCUGGGCGCAAGCUUUGUUAGACCGAAGUCGAGUGCAGGCCAUGAAAGACCAGGCCGAAUGGAUGCUGCACAAUAUCAUUCCUAAACAUGUGGCCAAUAAAAUAAAACCAACCAACGCUAAAUACUCUGAGAACCACACGCGCGUCGCGGUCAUGUUUGCAAGCAUUGUGAACUUCAAUGAGUUCUAUGAUGAAAGUUUUUGUGGGGGGAAAGAGUGUCUGCGAUACCUCAAUGAACUCGUUGGUGAUUUCGACGAACUUUUAUCCAGAGAGGACUUUGAAAACGUCGUUAAAAUCAAGACCAUCGGAAGCACAUACAUGGCUGCUUCGGGUCUAAAUCCCGACGUAAGAAACAAAAAUUCCGAUCCUGACCAUCAUAUUUUCGAACUCGUUGAAUUUGCUAAGGAGUUGCAAAAAGGAAUAGACCAUUUCAACAAGGAUUUGCUAGGAUUCAACUUCGUCUUGCGUAUCGGUAUCAACUUUGGCGACAUCACUGCUGGAGUUAUCGGAACAACGAAACUUUAUUACGACAUCUGGGGUGAUGCGGUGAACAUCGCAUCGCGCAUGGACUCCACAGGAGUUAAGGGUAGGAUCCAAGUGAGCGAAGAGUGCGCUAAAGUCCUUAGCAGGAAGUACAAAUUGGAGUCCCGUGGACAGGUCUUUGUUAAAGGCAAAGAUAACAUGAGUGUGUAUCUGUUGGAAGACACGCCUCCCCACGGUUGUAACUAAUUCUUGCAUAGGACCUAUUAUUGUCGUGAAAUCUUCUCAAACAGGAAAUUAAGUUGAGUUCGAUUGAAUUGAUGGAGUGUGAUUAUUAUUUUGCAGGACACGUAAAUUUUAUGCCGUAGUAACUUUGUUGAGUGAAGAAUAUUAGUCUACAUAUUUUCGGUAAUGAUAAUACGAUUUCAGCAUGAAAAUGUUCGUUCAUUACAAUUAACAUGAUUGUUUAUCUUCUAUCAACGAUAUUAGUGAAGGUUAAACUAUAUCGUUAUCUAUUCAAAAGGUACCGUAGUUUGAUUACUUGUAUAGUUUGAAAAGCAUGGUGCGUGUACCUUGAAUAAAAAUUAACAUGAGAGGUUAUGAAACCAAUUGGUUCCGUUUUCACCGAUGAGAAAUGGAGGGUGCUUGAUUAUCGUUAAAUUCCUACCGUUAUUUCAUUUUAUUUCAUGCGUUUAUAAAGACCAUUUAACCUUGCGUAUUCAACAUUCACAGAGAUUAUUAAUCUUGCUUCUAUUAUAGUUUCGUAUGACACCAAAAUUUCCCAUUGAUUUACGAUUGUUGUAUCGUGACCAAAGGUUGAGACAUUUGUUUGAAAGAUGCGCGUUAUUUGAAGCGAAUUCCUCUAUUGUUAACUUGCAGGUUAUGAAUGAAAUGAUACUCAUGGUCUAGACGAACUUAGAAUUAGAGGUGAAUUGAAAUUACAAACUUGAUCGCGAAAACGUUUGGAAAUGUUGAUAUUCAUAGCGAUUCUUCAUGCACAAAUGUUUCGUUUUUGCAUGGAUAUUUUGAUGUAAUUCUAUGACUAUGCUGGUUCAAGAUAAAGGUUUGACAUGACGAAUUUUCUAACUCAUAAACAAUAAGAAUUUAGUGCAUUACUCGGAUGUAAGUCAGUGGCCCGCACUAGUCACUGUUAUUAACUCUUAUAUUGUGCACAUUGUCCGUCAUUGUCUCCUUAACUGCAGAUAAUUUAACUCAUUAAUAUUGAACUCCCAUCAUGAAUAGACGCCAUUCAUCACUUCUGAAUUCUUUGAUGAAUGAGUUUAGCUUUCACGAUUUAUGCCUACAUCUCUUUUCUAUUUGCGUCCAUUUUUGUUCCAUUGCAACCCUUGCGUCCCUUUUAUCUUAUUAUUUGGAUGUAGGCUCUACGUACGUGUGAUGCAGGCUCUACGUACGUGUG